AGACUUUGACAUUCAACAGGGACAAACAACCGCUUCAACUUGAAGCAUUACCAAUUUAGAUUUUGGACGGUGAAGCGGCGUUGAGGCUUAGGUUAGGUUGUUAUGUCUACUUCUGCUGUCUUUCGGACAUUGACGCUCUCGUGUCACCGAAUACCUCCCUCAUGCCAGUGCAAAGUUGAAGUGCUCAAAUCCCUCUGGGCUCCAAAUUACUCCUUUGUGCGGACAUAUGCCUCGGCUGGCCCAGCACGCCGCACUGGUGAUGACAAAAUACCCUUUCGAGUCGUCCGCCUCGUCAAUCCGGAAACGGGCAAACUCGAACCCCCAACUCGUCUAUCCGACGUCCUCGAAUCUGUGGACCUGAAGGCUUGGCGAGUGGAGUUGGUUACGGAAGACCCAGAGCCUAUCGUAAAGGUUGUGGACAGACGCGAGUCGUAUGAGAAAUGGAAGGAGCAGAAAAAAGCGUUCAGGAAGGGCGUGAAGGCAGGAGAGCAGAAGGAGAUACAGAUCACUUGGGGCGUCGAUGCUGGUGAUUUGAAGCACAAGGUCACAAAGGCGCGUGCGGAGCUUGAGAAGGGAUACCGAGUGGAUAUCGUCAUUGCACCGAGGAAAGGUCAGAAAUUGCCCAAGCCUGAUGCAAUGGCAGCCCGCGCGUCGGAGAUCGCGUCAUCACUACUGGAUGUUGCAAAGGAGUGGAAAGCACGCGACAUUCAGAAAACUAUCACGGUCAUGUCGUUUCAAAAAACGCCGCCACCAUCAUGACAAGGAAUUGUAUAGUUCCUAGCUGGGCCAGAUAGAUAUUAUACACAGUUAUCGUACUUUUCCUCCUCCAUUCUGCAACUUUCGUCUCCGUCUGUGCUUCCACCGGUACCUCCUACCA